GUCACAAAAUAGAAGCAGUAUGACAUUCAAGAUUUUCGCAUUGGCCUCCCUUGUGGUCGCCGCCAUCGCCCUUCCAGACAGCCAGCCUACAUAUGGUUACCCCGCUCCCACACCCGCUUAUGCACCUGCCAAGUACGACUUCAACUACGCCGUCAACGACCCAUCAUCUGGUAAUGAUUUCGGACAUCAGGAAGCCCGUGAUGGCGACAAUACACAGGGAUCCUACUACGUCCUGCUUCCCGACGGUCGUCUCCAGAGGGUUACCUACAGUGUGAACGGAGACUCUGGUUACGUGGCUGAGGUCACCUACGAAGGAGAGGCUCAGUACUCCGCCCCUCAAGCCACCUAUGGACCUCCUCAGCCCUCCUACAACCCACCCACGCCUUCCUAUGCUUAAAAGAAUAUUAUCUUUACUGAUAUCCAGUCCCUAUAAAUUAUUAUUAAAUAAGCAGACAAUAAUAACGUCUUUUUCCUCUUUUCUGUUUUCUCCUGUACAUCUACAAAU